UUUCUUCCAAGUGCAUCAUGGGAAACGUGUCUCCUACUGCUUUCCUAUGUUCUUUUUCCUUUUUUUCGUCCCUUCGUUUUAUUGCGAGAACAACGCUUUAGAGACUGAAGAAAUAAUCACUCAUUUCAGAGCUACAAUCUUUCACUAAGUUUUCAAAGGUGAGUUUUAGUCGUCAUGGCUCGUACCAAGCAGACUGCCCGUAAGUCCACUGGAGGUAAAGCUCCACGCAAGCAGCUGGCCACUAAGGCUGCUCGCAAGAGUGCCCCAUCCACUGGUGGCGUGAAGAAGCCCCAUCGUUACAGGCCCGGUACUGUGGCUCUGCGUGAGAUCCGUCGUUAUCAGAAGUCCACUGAGCUGCUGAUCCGCAAGCUGCCCUUCCAGCGCCUGGUGAGAGAAAUUGCCCAGGACUUUAAGACCGAUCUGCGUUUCCAGAGUGCAGCCAUCGGAGCUUUGCAGGAGGCCAGUGAGGCCUACCUGGUGGGUCUGUUUGAGGACACCAACCUGUGCGCCAUCCAUGCCAAGCGUGUCACCAUCAUGCCUAAAGACAUCCAGCUGGCACGUCGUAUCCGUGGGGAGCGAGCUUAAAAUGUGUUUUGAUUUGUAUUCUGUCUUCUUUCCAUGUUUUUCCUUCCUCUAUAUUUAGUAACUUGAUUUGAGGUUCUCUCUCUCUUUCUCUAUCUAUAUAUAUCUAUAUAAAUAUAUAUAGAUAUCUAUAUAUAAAAAUAUCAUAUGAUUGUGAUAACUGUAAGUGAUCAUGUCUUCUUUGGUGCUACUUGUAGUAGAGUUUCCUUAGAGAUAUCUUCAUAUCUUCACAUUUAAAACUUUCAAUCACAGUUACACUUCUCAUUUUCAACUAGCUAGCUCACAUGCCUUGUUACAUUAUUAAAUAAGGCAUUUUGCCGGCCAAGAAUAGGGUAUGAUCUGAAAUGAGCAUAGGAAAUAGCAUUAAGAUUGAGACAUUUUCAGCUUCAGAUGGGCACGUACAUUGAUUUAAUGGGUCUUCUGUUUUUAAAAUGGUUUAUUUCUACUGUUACUGUUUAAUGUAUCGAAAUACAAAAGUUUGAUUUUGAUUGUCAUUGUGCUAUGAUGACACUGCAUGGUUUGACUAUAAGAGGCAUAUAUGUAGCAGACGUGCGUUGAUCAUAUUUUGAUUUUCAGCCAUGUUAUUAUGUCCAGAUAAUAUUAUUACUUUUUGUUCUGCUCUCAGGUUGACAUGAUAACCUAAUUCUUUUCCUGUGUUUUUGAUUCAUGUUAUUGGUCAUUUAUAAAAGCAAAAUAUUUGUAUUCCAGUAUUCACAUACGAACAUAAUAAACAGAUCUUGUGGGUAAA